CUGAUCCACCAUACUGUUUGAGGAUGGCCGCUGCAAUGGGUGUAAAUAAGCAGGGCAGCUCAGCAUCGAUGGAGCAAUGUAUCCGACAUGGCAGAGGCGCCACUGGUAAUACAGUAAAGGUUUUGGAGUGUGGAGUGUGUGAAGACGUCUUUUCACUGCAGGGAGAUAAAGUGCCUCGGCUUCUGCUGUGUGGCCACACUGUCUGCCAUGACUGUUUGACCCGUCUCCCUCUUCAUGGCAGGGCAGUGCGGUGCCCUUUUGACAGGCAGGCUACUGAACUCGGGGACUCAGGAGUAUGGGGCCUGAAGAAAAACUUUGCUCUGCUGGAGCUUCUUGAACGGUUACAGAAUGGUGCCUCCAAUCAGUCAGGCAUGUCAGAGGACACUUUGCGAGAGAUGGGAGAGUGUAUAAUUCGCUGUGAUGAAGAUGAAAGUCACACCGCAUCCAUGUACUGCACUGUGUGUGCCACUCAUUUAUGUGCAGAGUGUUCUCAGCUCACGCACUCGACCCGCACUCUGGCCAAACACCGGCGGGUACCACUGGCAGACAAGCCUCAUGAGAAGACCCUGUGCUUGCAACACCAGGUUCAUGCCAUUGAGUUUGUCUGCCUGGAGGAGGGCUGCCAGCCAGGCCCACUUAUGUGCUGUGUCUGUAAAGAGUACGGCAAGCAUCAAGGACAUAAGCAUGCAGUUUUGGAAGUUGAGGCCAACCAGAUCCGGGCCUCAAUUCUGGACAUGGCACACUGCAUCCGCACCUUCACAGAGGAAGUUUCAGAGUAUUCCAGGAAGCUAGUGGGCAUUGUGCAGCAGAUUGAGGGAGGUGAACAGAUUGUGGAUGAUGGCGUAGGCAUGGCCCACACAGAACAUAUUCCGGGGACAGCAGAAAAUGCUCGGUCCUGUGUGCGUGCAUACUUCGCUGACCUGCACGAGACGCUCUGCCGCCAGGAGGAGAUGGCACUCAGUGUAGUGGAUGCCCACGUCAGGGAGAGGCUCAUCUGGCUCCGGCAGCAGCAGGAGGACAUGACCAUCCUUCUGUCUCAGGUGUCCACUGCCUGCCUGCACUGCGAGAAGACACUGCAGCAGGACGACUGCAGGGUUGUGCUGGCAAAGCAGGAGAUCAACAGACUACUUGAGAGUCUUCAGAAACAGCAGCAGCAGUUCACCGAGAUGGCUGACCAUGUUCAGCUAGAUGCAGGCAUUCCUGUUACAUUUACAAAGGACAACCGUGUGCAUAUCGGCCCCAAAAUGGAAAUCCGGGUGGUGACAUUGGGUUUGGAUGGCGCUGGUAAAACGACCAUUCUGUUCAAACUAAAGCAGGACGAGUUCAUGCAGCCCAUACCAACUAUAGGUUUUAAUGUGGAGACUGUUGAGUACAAAAAUCUAAAAUUCACCAUCUGGGAUGUAGGAGGCAAGCAUAAACUCCGGCCUCUUUGGAAACAUUACUAUCUGAACACACAAGCGGUGGUGUUUGUGAUUGACAGCUGUCACAGAGACAGAUUAAUGGAGGCUCACAGUGAGCUGGCCAAACUGCUGACUGAGAAAGAGCUGAGAGAUGCUCUACUGCUCAUCUUUGCCAACAAACAGGACGUAUCCGGUGCUGUGUCUGUGGAGGAGAUGACUGAGCUGCUGAGCCUACACAAGCUGUGCUGUGGUCGGAGCUGGCACAUCCAGGGCUGUGAUGCACGCAGCGGCACAGGCCUCCAUGAGGGUCUGGACUGGCUCUCACGCCAGCUGGUGGCUGCUGGAGUUUUGGAUGUGGCCUAAUGGAGUGCUGACUCUCCAGAAAAGUAAAGGUGAAACGGGACUAUUGUAACAUGGCAAGCACCGAAUUAAAGCUAGUAGGGAUGACAUCAACUUGGGAUUGGACACUUGCAGGCUUUCACUCAUUCUCAGCAUUUGAAAUUAGCAUUAAAAAUAAAUGCCAUGGAUAUGCUAAUAUUGCAAGCAGUGAACGAAUGCCAGAAAGUGAUUUCAUUGAUCAAAUCUGACAGAACUGGUUUAUGCUUGAUGGAAAAAGGUUUCGGAAAGCUGCCAGUGAAGAACUUUAGGUAGUCUGAGGCAGGAACAUGGGGAGGAGUGUAUAAAAGAGCACAUUGUAGAUGUGUUAAAACCAGGGGCAUAUAGUCUUUCCAUGAAGGUUUGAUUAGGUCAAGUAGAUAAAACUGAUCUAAUUAGAAGCACCUAUUCAACCUUAGUGACCCUUUAUUCGCCCCUGUGUGCUAGUAUGUUUUAAUGGAGAAGCUCGUGUUUAAAAUUUCGUCUUGGACAAGAUCAUUUCAAAACAAAAGAAAUAUCCUAAUUAACACUUGUUAAUUGACUCCACAUUUAUUUAAUUUUUUUCUUAACAUUUCUUAGCCUAUUAAUAAUCCAACAAGUUAGAAGUAGUGUUAAAUAAAGCAAGUUUAUUUGGAAUUUAAAAAAAAGGGCAGCCUAAGACAGUUCAGUUUGGGAAAACCUCUUCUCAACCCAGAAGUGGCUCAGAGAUCCCACACUGUGUUUUAAAAAGUCAGUCGUAGGUUGCGAGUUAUAGCACCAUUAGUUUAGUCAUGAUUUGGCAACCUACUUAAUACCAUUUUUGAUGUUUAUAUUCAGAAUGCUGCAUAGCUGCCUCAAUAACAGUAAUUUUGUCUCCUCAAAGCAGCUGAAUUCUUAGCCAUGUGUCGACUGGCUAACAUGUGAGAUUGCAUGUCAAGGUCAUGUUUCUGAACUUAUUUGAAGUUAUUGUGAACCUGUUCAGAUGGAAACAUAAACCAGGCUUUAAUUCAGGCUCUUAUCCAUUGUUAGUUACAUUUAGGAACAGGUCUGUUACAUCCCUCACUCUUUGAUCAUUGAGCCACUGUAAUGUUAGUCUCACCACCUCAGUGCCCUUAGCUGGGUGUGUGUUCAUAACUGCCAGUGGUUUCUAAUUCUUUUAAAGCCAUGAACAAAACUACCAUCACCAAAUCUUUGUCUAUAUUCAUUGUAGUUUUUUACAUUUAAUUAUAGUCUGUGUACUUUUGUGCACAAUAGUUUCAUUUACACAGUUUAACAUAUUGGAAAAACUAAAUUUAACAAAAUAUGACAUGCAAAAUAUUUUAGUUAUUAAAAUGUGCAUAAAGAGGUCAGGGUUAUGGCAGGAAACACUGGUAGCAGGGUGAGUUUUUACCCUAGAAAGUUACUAACUGCAGCUUUACAUUUCUUCGUUUCAUUUACUUUCCUUAUUCUGACAAUUAUUCAGAUAUUAGUUCAUAAUCACGUUCUGUUCCAAGUUUCCAAAGUGUGUGUACAAGUAGUUAUCACAGAAUAGGAACUAAUAUCUAAUGUUGCAUAAGGUAAAACAUUACCAUGGUGGUAUUUGUGGUGUGUACUGAAAACUACUAGUAGGAUGCCAUAAAUUCUGCAAAGUUUUUGGUUGAUGUUGGUUGAAAGUUAGGUUUUUAAAAAAUAAUUAUCAUACUCAGCUUUAUUGUCAUUCAAAAUUAUUAAAGAAAACUAAAAAUAGUUAGACAGAACACAUACGCUACAAGAUCAAAACCGUCUCCCGGAGAUGCAGCAGAACUAUUAGUGAUUACAGUGUGACAGUAGCCUACAUUAAGGUAAAGCCCCUGACUUCAUGUUACCUGGUUGUGUUUUUUAAAGUAUUAUCUGAGUUUUGCUUGAAAAAAUGAAUUUGUAAUAUUUAUUUAUUGCAGUUUGUGGUCUUUUAAAAAACUUGUGUAGGUAUGAAAAUGUUUGUGUUACAUGAACUAUUGUUACUGCUUAUUUAUAGCUUGAAAGGCUGUUAGGAUUUCAUAAAACGUUUUUAUUUGGAGUGUAAUUUUGCUGUGCUUGGAGGAAUGAAGAUGCUUAAAAUCAGCCCAUUUAUCAAAUAGCUUUUAGUAAGAUAAAGGUCACUUUUCACAGCUGAUGCCUAGAAGAACAUGCUCAAAAGAACAAGUACAGACUGCUUUAAAAAUAGCUUCACAGUAAUGUUACUUUUUUUUUUUUUGCUUUGGGUGAUUGAAACCGCUAACUGUUUUAAGGAACCAGCCGUUGGUUUAAUGAUGUUUCUCUCAUUGCUAUGUAUUGUUGAACUUGGAGAGCAUGUGUGAAGUGUGUCCCUCAUUCUUGCAAGAGGACUUCCGAGUAUAAACAUUAUACUAAUUAAUAAGAGUUUUAGGAUCCUCCAAAAAGCACAGUGCAUGUCUACACGUCUGUGAACUUGGCCAUGGCUUUUGGUAAAAAUACUCAUUGUUAUCAUACAUAACGGCAACAAAAUAAUCAGUAUGUCUCUGCAUCUCUGAAUACAACUGUUUGUGGAAAAAAGUCUCUUUAUUAUAUAAAACAGUGACAUGACAGUC